AUUUUCCCGGUCUUCAUGCUAACGCUGGCGACCUUGACGGAUCUUGGAGAGCAUGGAGGGUGGCGCUGCAGGUCAAAGAAAGAAGAAGUCAAAGCCAUGUACCCUGUGGACUUUCCAGAUGUGGAUGAGACUGACCUGACAUUAGCAUCUGAACAGUAUGUCUCUUCUUUGGGGUCAAGGCUUGGUGGUAAUGAGUGGUUCACAUUAUCACAGACAUCAAAGGUGGAGGUAACAGCAAACAAUGUAAGGUUGUUGCAGCUGUUUGAAGAUGAGCAAUCUAACUGUGCAGUGGUGGCACUUCACCCUCCUGAUGAUCCAACACAAGUGGUGGCUUUAAACCUGCGUGAGCAGUGGUGGUGUGUGGAUGACCUUCUGCGAACAUCCAACAAAUCCAGAAGUGGCUUGGUGUUGGUGCAGUCGAUUAUGGAGAGGAUGAUUGUGUUCAUGCUAAGUCAGGUGAUAGAGAGGUCUUCACAGGAGGAGAUGAUGUUCUCCCUCCAUCCCAGCACAGAAAGUUGCAAACUGCUGUGGACGGAGAACCAGGCAGUUGGCUUCUACACUGUCAAACACAAAGGCAGUCUGUGUGACAGCUGGAGCAGUUACUGUUACCUGCUUCCUGUUCUGGACACAGUGCUGGUGAGGAGGAGCUGGAGGAGGAGAGGCUUUGGCCUUCGGAUGCUGGAGGAUUUCUGCUCCUCAUUCUCCACAGAAGAGUUUCUGGGAGUCAGCUCUCCAUUAUCAUCCAGCAUGGUAGAAGUGUGCAGGAGGUUUCUGCAGCAGCACAAGGAACAUCGGGAGAGACUGUAUGAGGUGGAGGCUCCAGGGGGCUGGAAUCAACGACGAAACAUCUGGCUCAACAUCCAGCUAGGCCGCUACUCCCUCAGUAUUAAUGUGGAGAGCAGCCCAACAUUAGGAGAAACUGCAGAGAAUGAAGCUGACAGCUCAUCUCCAAAGAUGCAGACAGAGUGCACCUGACCACCUUGAGCACCUGUAAUGUGAACGUCCCACUGGAAAUAGGCUCUUCUGAACAAGUUAAAUCUUGUAAUCCAAGCCAAGGAGGAAGCUCCCCAAGCAGCAAAAUGUCCGGAUCAGGAUGUAGCCCUACGAGCCCACGCCAAUGAUCUGGACUCUGGACCUUCCACCAGUCCCUAAGCACAAAACAGUUUAAGAAAUCCAAGCACUGUCUAUCUGCACUGCCUCGCAACGAGAAGCCAGGUGCAGAGGAAACACUAAACAUCAGUUAAGCUACAGAUAAAAAUACAAUCAUUGUCUCCAACACCAGGAACUGGUGAUAUGCAUUCAGUCGAUGUGAUAAAUGUGGGUGACCUUCAUAAUGUGUUUAUGGAAUGAAGUUUACACACCUUUUGAGACUUAAGUAGCACAAAUCAUACAGUGAACUGUUUUAUAAUGUAAAAUGUUUUGUUCAUAUUGCUUCCUUUCCCUUGUUUGGACAUUGUCACGACCCAGCUCAAAAGCCAUGACAAAAGAAGAGAGGGAAAUGUAGGGCGAGGACAAAUUAUAAGAAUUUAUUUGAAAUGAUAUAGCAAAUGAACUCCAAAAUAAACUAAGAAUGCGUA